AUGCGCAUCUGGCGCGUCAAAAGCACUCGCCCGCGCGUGUGGCGGCGCGUCACGUCGCGUCGGAUGCCGCGGGCGGAUUACGCGCAGGCGAACCUGCACACCCGCUCGCCAGCGCCACCGUCGGCAAACGCGGUGACGUCGCGUGAAGAACAGCGCAAAAACAUUUUCGCUGAUUCACGCCCCGGAAGCCAUGCACAGGAAACUCAGGCGUGGCCGAACUAUGAUGGCCGCACCGAACAUAAAGUUGCGGGUUCACAACCAAGAGUGUUCUCGAUUCCUGCGCAGGAAACACUUGGAACUCUCUACUCGUUUGCGAGUACACACGCGGGCAAUUACGGAAGGGUCAAACCAAUGGAGGAGACGAAAAGCUGUCAAACCGUUCAAUAA